AUGUCCUUCGGCGUGCAGGAGAAGAGCUGGAGUGACCAGCGGGAGUGCAACGGCAUCGUCCAGCAGCGCCCGUGCAUCCUGGUGCUGGACGACUUCAAGUGCCACAAGGACGAGGGUUUCAUCGCCGCCCUCAAGAGAGACGCCAACACCAUCGUCAUCUUCAUCCCAGGCGGGUUGACGCCCUUGCUCCAACCGCUCGACCGCAUGCUCAACAAGCAGAUGAAGCGGCUGCUGCGGGGCAAGCACACCGCCUACAGCGCGUCGGCGGUCGCAGACGCCCGGCCGGGGAAGCUGAAGCCACCGGAGCGUGGGGUCGUCUCUACGUGGUGCAAGGAAGCGUGGGAGUCCAUCACCCCCGAGACGCGAAGACCACGCCUGGUGCGAGCACAACAUCGGGGAAACUACCGCGACCUUCUCGAGAAGCAGCACGCCGUGUGGCUCGCUGAGCACCCCGACGUGACUCUCCCGCCGCUCAAGCUGCCGAAGGUACCAGGGGGGUUCGACUCCAACCCCAUCACGGCUGCUCACAAGGAGGUCGAGGGGAAGCUGCUGCCCUACGUCGUUGAUGAGAGCGACAGCGAGGUGGAGGUCUUGGAGGGCGACAGCGACGUGGAAGUCGUGGAGGGGCAGGGGGCGGGGGCGCCGAAGGAGAAGUAGUCGAACUUUGAAUCAUAGAUCUUUGGGAUUGCCAGUGAGAUUUGAUGUUUUUGCGAUGGUAGGGGCGCGGGCACGAAGUAGAGUUCAACCCGCCUAGGAAGUACAGUAGAAGACGUUGGUAGCUCGUACUGGUAGUUUGGUGUGAUUUUUUACUUCGUUUUUGGUUUCAUCUGCGUUUAGAAUUGUUGAGUGGAUGCCGUUUGCCGAUUUGCCGAUCUUGAUUCUUCAGAACGAAAAUAAGAGAACAAAGAGUACAAAUACCACAUUUUUGAACAUCGUUAUGGUGCCAAGGGCAGCAGUAGCAGUGAAGCACGUGAUUCAAGCUCCCACAGUAUCCGGAAUUUCCAGCACAAGAUGCUGGUGCACGGGUAUCACAUACGCCAAACCUCACCGCACACAUCGGCGUUUCCGCACAGUGUGCGGAGACGACGAUACCUGUGCGAUAAUCUAGCAAAUCAUUCGGAACCCGCUAUUUUUCCGCACACCCUGCGCCAAGACCCCG